AUGAUCAUAUCACAGCUUGUCGUCUUAGAGCUUUUUAGAUGCAACUGGGCGACAAAAGGUGCUGCUUUUGGCGAGGACAAGAUUAGCUCUGAUGGAAAAAGUGUUGUGGAACUUACAAACGGCUCUUCAGAGGAUGGUAGAGAGAUCUCAAACGAAGAUGCUCCUGAAAACAAUCCUCAAUUUACCACUGUCUAUGUAGGAAACCUCGCUCCAGAAGUAACUCAGCUUGAUCUUCACCGCCUGUUCCAUUCUCUUGGCGCUGGAGUGAUUGAAGAAGUCCGGUGUCCAGAGAGACAAAGGCUUUGGCUUUGUGAGAUAUAA